UUCAAAGAAUGCAGUCACCAUGCCUUUUGAACCAAGAGGUAGCCCAUUCCCGCUGACUAACGCCCCUCGCAUGAUUUUGCCCCUCGUUCGCGCGCGCUCAGAAAGUUUCGACCCCGCCAAACACACAUUUCCAAAUCGCGCGCCUGCACAAACAAUGGCCGCAAACGCGCCCGAAACAGCGCCUGUGCUGUCCACGCCCGACACGCACAUCUUCGAAGACCCUACCCCUACGGUCGAUACCUCGAGCUUGCCGAGACUGAGUAAUGAGCAGGUGGCGCUCACGUACGAGAUCGAGCGAACGGUGAAGGAAAUCAAGGAAGGGAGAUGGAAGAGGAUUGCACUGCAGUUUCCGGAUCGGAUGUUGGUGGAUGCGCCGCGGGUGUACGAGGGGCUGGCGAAGGGGUUGAAGAGUGUGCGUGCACGGAGCGCUGAUGGCGUAGAUGGGCCUGGUGGUAAUGCGAAGGCUGACGGCGAGGUUGCAGAGAAGAUGCUUGCGAUGGGCAUAAACGCGGAGAAGCACGAAGAGGAGGAAAGACUGUUCAUCCUGGCAGACACGUCGUACGGUGCAUGCUGCGUGGAUGAGGUCGCGGCCGAACACGUCGAUGCCGACGUCGUUGUGCACUACGGCCGCUCCUGCCUGUCGCCGCCUUCGCGACUGCCCGUCAUAUACGUGUUUACGGAGCGGGAACUAGAUCUUGACCCUGUCAUAUCCACCUUCAAGCAGACGUACCCUGAAAAGGACACAAAGAUCAUCCUCAUGGCCGACAUCCCGUACUCACACCACGUCCCCACGCUCCACGCUCGCCUCUGUUCCGACGGCUAUUCGCAGCUUUUCGCGACUGGCAUCGUACACAAUCCAAGCAGUCUGCUACCCAACCGCACCAUUCCAGCCGAAGCAGACGCCGCAAAAGACGCAAUCAGCGACUACGCCCUCUUCCACAUCUCCGACCCCCCGCCCUCCCUCCUCCUCACUCUCUCCUCCCGCGUCGCAUCAACACACAUCUACCCCACCGAUACGCCCGCACCUUCAGCAACCCUGGCCUCCACCUCCCUCGCCCUGCGCCGCCGCUACGCCCUCCUGACCUCGCUCUCUUCCGCCUCCGUCUUCGGCAUCCUCAUCAACACCCUCAGCGUCAAAAACUACAUGCACAUCCUGGCGCACGUGCAGGCGCAGAUCGCGGCGGCGGGCAAGAAAGCGUACACCUUCGUCGUGGGCAAGGUCAACGCCGCGAAAGUGGCGAAUUUCAGCGAGGUGGGCGGCUGGGUUGUGAUUGGGUGCUGGGAGAGCAGUCUGAUCGAGAGCAAGGACUUCUGGCGGCCGCUGAUUACGCCCUUUGAGCUGGGGAUCGCGCUGCAGAGCGAUGAUAGUAGGGUCUGGACGGGGCGGUGGGAGGCGGAUUUUCAGAAUGUGUUGGACGAGGAGGAGAGUAGACCAAAGAAGGACAAUAAGGGCGUUGAAGCGAGCACUGGGUUGGAUGAGGAGGCGACGAAUGGCGGUGAGGGUGCGGAUGGGGAGUAUGAUUCCGAGGAAGAAUCUGCGCCGCCAGAGUUCGAUCUCAGGACUGGGCGCUAUGUGUCGCAUUCACGGCCGAUGCGGACCACUGCCCCGAAGACCAACCACCGGUCCAAGUCCCAGAUCCAGGAUGGGAAGGCAACACCCGCAAGCAGCGCGCUGAUGAAGCGCGCGAACGGCGAAUUGACACAAAUCGGCGGCGUGGUGUCGCCUGGUGCCGAGUUCCUACGCGAGAAGAGGACAUGGCAAGGUCUAGGAAGCGAUUACAGAGAUGAAGAGGAGAAUGGUGUGAGCGGUAAUGCUGCGAAGAUGGAGGAGGGGAGGAGUGGGAUCGCGAGGGGGUACGUCGUUGGUGAUGAGGAGAGGAUACAUUGAUGUGAGAUAGAUAUAUCUUAUAGUACAC